CUCAUCUAAACAUCAACUUCUCUCUCUAACACUCUAAAAAACACUCACACUUUCUCUCUCUAAAAUCUUUAAAUUCUAUCCGACCAUCUUUAAAAACUUUAAUUUUUUUUGCCAAGAAAAGAAAUGAGAACUAUGUUCUUUAAACAAUCUGGCUCACCAUCGUCGUCUCCGAUGAGAUCGCCGCCGCAGCAACGCCAUACAUUCUCUGCAAAUUUAAUGGAUGAGAAUAUAGAGAAUGCUUACUCUAUUAUUACUAAAUGGGACUCUCAUGAUUCUUCCUCUGCAGAUUAUUGCUCUUUAACUUCACUUUUCGCAGCCGAAAAUCGUCAAGAAGCUAAACAGUAUCUUAACUCCGUUAAAGCAUUACAAGCCGCCAUGCAGUAUUACAUAACGGAGAAGCCUGGUUCUGAUAAACUCGUUAAAGCUCAAACCCUAAUGCAAAUCGCCAUGAAACGCCUCGAAAAGGAGUUUUACCAAAUCUUGAAGUCGAAUCGCGAUUAUUUGGACGCUGAAUCAGUCUCCAGUACUCAUUCUUCUCGAGUUUCAAGAUCGAGCGGCGCUGCUUCUGUGUUCUCCGAGGAUUCUGGAGAUGAAUCGGAGAAUGACGGGUCGUUAUCGUCGAGAUUCGGUGACUCAGUUACUGAGGUGGAGCGAGUUUCGAUGGCUGCAAUGGCGGAUUUAAAAGCUAUUGCUGACUGUAUGAUAGCUUCUGGUUAUGGAAAAGAGUGUGUCAAGAUUUAUAAAAUCGUUCGAAAAUCGAUCGUUGAUGAGUCGUUGUAUCAUCUCCGAGUUGAAAGUUUGAGUGUUGCUCAAGUUUUGAAAAUGGACUGGGAUUUACUGGAGAUUAAGAUCAAGAGCUGGAUAAACGCCGUUAAAGUCGCCGUUAAAACGUUGUUCUACGGCGAGAGGAUUCUGUGCGAUCAUGUUUUCUCCGCUUCUUCUACGAUUGCUGAGAAUUGUUUCUCUGAUAUUACUAAAGAAGGCGCUUUAUCUCUGUUUGUUUUCCCGGAAAAUGUAGCAAAGUGCAAGAAAACGCCUGAUAAAAUGUUUAAAAUACUCGACCUCUACGAAGCCAUAGCUGACCAGUGGCCGGAGAUUGAGUCUAUCUUCAACUUUGAGUCUACCUCAGCCGUCCGAUCACAGGCGGUUAAUUCCUUAAUCGGACUUGGUGAAGCUGUUCGUACAAUGCUAACGGAAUUUGAAGCGGCGAUUUCGAAGGAUAAUUCUAAAACGCCGUUACCAGGCGGCGGUGUCCACCCGCUAACACGUUACGUCAUGAAUUAUAUCUCCUUUUUAGCUGACUAUAGCGGCGUGCUUUCCGAUAUCGUCGCUGAUUGGCCGUUAACGACGCAAACGUCGUUACCGGAGUCUUACUUCGGAAGCCCUGAGAUUGAAGACGGCGCGUCGACGACAAUACCAGUCCGUUUCGCGUGGCUGAUUCUUGUACUGCUGUGUAAACUUGAUGGUAAAGCUAUGCUGUACAAAGACGUGGCGCAGUCUUAUUUGUUCUUAUCUACUAAUCUCCAAUACGUCGUCAGUAAAGUCCGUACAUCGAGCUUGAGAUUCUUGAUGGGCGAUGAUUGGAUUGAGAAACACGAGACUAAAGUGAGACAGUACGCACAGAAUUACGAGCGGAUGGGGUGGAGUAAGGUUUUAGCUUCCUUGCCGGAGGAUUUAACGGCGGCGAUGACGGUUAAUCAGGCGGCGGAGCUGUUUAAUAGAUUCAAUUCCGCUUUUGAAGAAUCGUAUAUGAAACAGAGUGGCUGGGUCGUGCCGGACGGGAAGCUCAGAGAUGAGAUUAAACUAUCGGUGGCUAAAAAGCUCGUGCCGGCUUACCGGAAUUUUUAUGAGAAUUUUCGGCCUGUGGUUAGAAAUCCUGGAACUGUCCGAUAUACCCCUGAUGAUUUGGGGAAUUACUUAUCUGAUUUGUUCUUUGGUAAUAGCUCAGGGUCUUCUUCGACGUCGUUUUCGUCGCAUGGUGGCAAGAGUCGUUGAUUUUAGGCCAUUUAUUUGUUUGUUUGUAAAAAGUGGAGUGUACAUAUUUUUUUUUCAAAAAAACUGAGGCCUGGAAUUCUUGACAGGUGCAUAUGAUAGAGAUGUAAUACUGUAAAGAAAUGCAUUCUUUCGUAUUAUUCGAGAAGUAUUCUAAUUUUAACAA